AUGUACGUGGGCUAUGUGCUGGACAAGGACUCUCCGGUGUACCCCGGCCCCGCCAGGCCCCCGAGUCUCGGCCUGGGCCCGCAAGCCUACGGCCCCCCGGCCCCGCCCCCCGCGCCCUCGCAGUACCCCGACUUCGCCAGCUACACUCACGUGGAGCCGACCCCCGCGCCCCCGACGGCCUGGGGCGCGCCGUUCCCUGCGCCCAAGGACGACUGGGCCGUCGCCUAUGGCCCCGGGCCCGCGGCCCCCGCCGCCAGCCCAGCCCCGCUGGCAUUCGGGCCCCCUCCGGACUUUAGCGCGGUAACCGCACCCCCUGGGCCUGGCCCCGGCCUCCUGUCUCAGCCCGUCGGCGGCCCGGGCGCACCGUCCUCCCCAGGAGCGCAGAGACGGACGCCCUACGAGUGGAUGCGGCGCAGCGUGGCGGCUGGAGGCGGUGGUGGUAGCGGUAAGACACGGACCAAGGACAAGUACCGCGUGGUCUACACAGACCACCAGCGCCUGGAGCUGGAGAAGGAGUUCCAUUACAGCCGCUACAUCACCAUCCGGCGGAAGUCAGAGCUGGCUGCCAAUCUGGGGCUCACUGAAAGACAGGUGAAGAUCUGGUUCCAAAACCGGCGGGCGAAGGAGCGCAAAGUGAACAAGAAGAAGCAGCAGCAGCAGCAGCAGCCACCCCAGCUGCUGCCAGCCCUGGACAGCACCUCUGCUCCGGCAGGACCGCCCCUGGGGGGCCUAUGCCCCAGCAGUGCUGGCCUCCUCGCUGCCUCCUCCCCGAUGCCCGUCAAAGAGGAGUUUCUGCCCUAG